AUGACUGAGCUGUAUGGCGGUGAACGCUCGCUGAAGAUCGCGCUUCAUAUUCUGAAAGAAAUUAAACAAAUCGAGCUUGCUGCAAGACUUGAGCAAAAGUGGGGGACACAGAGAAAUUCAGUGGGUCAGAGGAGUCAACUAGAUGCCUCUCCAAGUGAUAAACCAAAUGGAUAUGCUGCAGCUGGUUCAAGACAAGAAAAUUCUGAGAGCCGGACAAAAUAUAUGAUCGGAGAUCAGCACUUCAUCGACAAACAUCGCGUUCGGCUUAUUGACACUAUCUCCACGGUGGACCCCAUCCUGGAUCGUCUGAUGUCGAAGAAUACCAUCACCCAAGAGAACUACCGUGAAAUCCGCAGCAAGUCCACCAGUACCCAGAAAAUGAGGGAGCUCUUUGACCUAGGCAGUCUCUCCACUCUAAAUGGCAAAGACUGCCUAUAUGAUGUGCUUAUGGAGCUGGAGCCCUUCGUCAUGGAGGAGCUGAAGGAUGCUGGUGUGAAGUAAACACCAGCAUCAUCUAGGUCCACCAGAGCCCUCGCACUAGAUAAUUACCAAGUGUGGGCACAGGACUUCCAUCAUUCCAUGUUUUUUUUUUAUCAAGCUCUUUGUGUAAUUGAAACAGAA